ACCGUUAAAUGCAAGGGUUUACUUCUCGUAUUUCUUGACUACAAGUUAAACUGGUUGUGUCACUCCCUGGAUGGCUCUAUAUUCAUUUGAAGUACAGCAGUUCCUCCUCUUGGACCUUGACCCAACCAAACCCCAGCUGUUACCUAACUCCCAUUUAUGCAUUCUGCCACUGAAGACCGGCAAGAAGAAUGGUCUUUUUUUUUUUUUUUUUUUCAAAAAACCGAGUUGCCACAUAUGGUUGCUCUAACCUUUCAAAAUGUUUGGAAAAGCUCUUGUAAUCCUACUUUUGUUGGUGACCCCAGGAGAAGCAAGGAAGUCGUUUCUCAGUUUUCUGAACAUACAAAAUACUGAAAUACUGUCAUUUGCUAAGGCAGAAGAAACUGUCGUUGUAAGGUCCAGUUAUAAAGAUAAACAGCCUCGCUCCAGCUACCUUUCUGUGAAAUCAGACGAUCCAACGGUGCUGCAGGUGGUGAACGUGACCAAGACCUCGCUGGACACCACAGACUUUACCAUCCGCCUAAUGACUUUCCCAGGAGAGACGAAUCUGACCAUUCAACUCUGGGAUUCUGAAGGUAGGCAAAAAAGACUCAUCGAAGAGAUAAAGAAUAUUAAAGUCAGAGUGCCCGAACAGACAGAAGACAACCUCUUCCAGGCACCUAUGCAUGUCAAUAGAUACAUCUUGCUGCUUGUUUUAUCGAUGAUCCUUUUAAAUAAAUGUGCCUUUGGCUGCAAGAUUGAAUUCCAGGUACUUCAAACAGUAUGGAAGAAACCUCGGCCGGUAGUUCUUGGGGCAGUCACACAGUUUUUUCUUAUGCCAUUUUGUGGUUUUCUCCUGUCUCAGAUUUUGGGAUUGCCCAAAGCACAAGCUUUUGGAUUUGUAAUGACCUGCACAUGCCCAGGAGGAGGCGGGGGCUACCUUUUUGCUCUCCUUCUGCAAGGAGAUGUCACUUUGGCCAUUUUGAUGACUUGCACAUCAACAUCACUGGCCCUGAUAAUGAUGCCUGUCAAUUCGUACUUAUACAGUAGGCUAUUAGGAUUAGCAGGUAUAUUUCACGUUCCCGUUUUCAAGAUCGUGUCUAUACUCCUAUUCAUUCUUACACCAAUAUCAGUCGGUGUAGUCAUCAAGCACAGGGCUCCUGAGAAAGCAGUCCAUUUAGAGAGAGUAGUUCGGCCUCUGAGUUUGACUUUAAUGUUUGUCGGGAUCUAUUUGGCUUUCAGGAUGGGACUGGUGUUUCUAAGAACGGCUAACCUAGACGUGCUUCUUCUGGGGCUGUUGGUUCCUGCACUGGGCUUUACAUUUGGCUAUUCCUUUGCUAAGGUCUCUAUGCUGCCUCUUCCUGUUUGCAAAACAGUUGCUAUUGAAAGCGGGAUGUUGAAUAGUUUCUUAGCCCUGGCCAUUAUUCAGCUCUCUUUUUCACAGUCCAAGGCAUAUGAAGCCUCUGUAGCUCCUUUUACAGUAGCCAUGUGUUCUGGAUGUGAAAUGUUACUGCUCCUUCUGGUUUACAAGUGUAAGAAAAGAGGAACCCUUAGCACAGAAACUGAAAACACUCCUUUAGUCUAAAACUUACAGCACUCCUAAUUCUUACCCUGGCUGAGACACUGGGGGAGAUUCAAACUAUGCAUAAAUAAUGCUUGCUCUAAAGUCAUCUCUCAUCUGGCUAAAAGCUUGACAUGGGAGGUGAGGUUAUUUCUUCUAAUACUUGUAUGUGUAUGUUUUACAUAUUUGUAUAACAUAUAGGUGUGUAUAAUAUGUUACACACGUAUAUAUGUUAAAUAUGUUUAUAUGUAUGUUAUAUAACACACAUAUAUAUGUAUAUGUUAUAUAUACAUAUGUUAUAUGUAUAUAUGUAUAUGUAUAUGUUAUCCAUAGUAAGCACCCAGUGACUGCUACAGUACAUAUUGAGAAGGGAGCUUAAGAUCCCUUGCAGUGUGUUAGUUUGGUAAUGAUUUUACAACUUCUUAAUGAGGAAUAGCAAUGGAAAUAACCAGUAAAUCCUGUAUAUCCUAAGUUUUUAAGGAAAAAAUGUUCUUUGGAUGGAGCAGCACAUGCUGACUCGGGGAAUGAGCAGGCAAAUUCCUAUCUGGCCCUCCCUAGCUCAUGUGGAAACAGCCUGUCUUGAAUAAACACAGCAGCUCUGUUUUCACAGCCACACAUGCUUCUGACUUCUAUCCUCCACACCAAAGGCACUGCCACUCAUCUGGAAAGGACAUCUCCUCCCUCCUCUGACCUUUUUUUUUUAAGCAGUCAACCUCAUUAUUGCAGAAUGUUCAUCCACUACCUGCACCAGCCUCCUCCCCAUUCCCAGGGCUAUUGUUCUUCUUACACAUAUAUUGCUGUUUCCCCAAACCUUUCCAAACUGGCUUUGGCUUCUUUCUUCUAACUCUAGUCAGUCAUAUUAAUCUUAUAAAAGUUUAGCUUGGAUGGCAUAAUUUCCCUGCAAAGAAGCCUGUUUGCUACAUGCAUAAAGCUCCUAUUCCCCGGAAAGGCAUUAUUACCCUCCACUCUGAAUUUAAUCAGCUUCCUGUUUGCUCCCUACCACUUCUUGACAUAUGUGUCUUUGCCAUUUUGUAGGUUCCUUUUGACUCAGAUUUUGGCUCUGCCUAAGGCACAAGCUUUUGUAUUAUACAGGUCUUUGCUUCUGGCAAAGCAGAGGUUUAGUAUCUCAAUGAUAUACCUUGUGUAAGCCAGCCUGGCUGUUUUAUAGCAAUUUCUGUUCUGUUUAAUCUCCUUACUCAUCUUUAAGCAUGAAACCCACCUUGAUAUUUUUCUAUCAUGUUAGCACUAAAUUUUCCAUACGCUUAUUCAAAUAGACUGUUAAAGCAUAAGCUAGGACUCAAAUGAAGACCAUGCUUCAAAAAGUAAUCGAUGAGUCUUGGGUCAGGGGUGUGCAGUAAGAGUGCUUGUCUGGCAUAUUUGAAGCCCUG